AUGGACAAAAAGUCGCUCCCUCUGGAACAUCCCCAGAGGGAAGUCAGUGCGCUGGCUUCAACCUAUCGUGACCGGGGUUGGACGAAAGAAGCAUUAGAGCUGGAGGCGGCGAUGGCGACAGCUAGGAGGCGGGUAAUGGAGGCAGACGAAAAUCCUGACUCCGCGACAAUAGCACUCGAAGAGCUAGCUAUAUGCAUGAAAGGCUGGUUAUAUGCCAAAUCCUGGAGUGCGGCCGUGGACUUGGGUAUCCUGGUGCUGGAGGCCUGUCAGAGCCUCAAGGGUGGACAGGACUCGAUGACCAUGACGGCGAUGAACAAUCUCGCGUCCGCAUACUGGGGUCGUGGGCAGCUGGACCAGGCAGCUGCUCUCGCCUCCCGGGUGACGGGCUUGCGACAGAAGAUUCUUGGCGAGGCGCAUCCCCAAACGUUGAUCUCGAUGACGAACCUAGCUUCAACAUAUCGGAGUCAGGGUCUGUGGUCCGAUGCCUUGAAACUUGAUGAACAGAUUUUCGACGUCAAGAAGAGAACAAUCGGUGCGAAAGAUCCGUCCACUUUAGCAUCAAUGUCUAAUCUGGCUAUCUCGUACGCCAAUCUUGGACGGUAUACAGAGGCCGAAUCAGUUUCACGCCAACUGGUCAGUAUCGGGGAGCAGGAAUUGCCUCCAACGGAUACUUCAUUUUUGAAUUGGAAGCUCAGUCUCGCAUCAAUAUACCGGGACAGGGGGAGACUGGACGAUGCGGAAAAGAUAGAACAGGAGGUUGUCAACAUGAGUCGAGAUCUCUUUGGGACAGCCAACCCCUUCACUUUGACUUCCAUGGCAAACCUUGCAUCCACAUACCGCGGGCAAAGUCGAUGGGCAGAUGCCGAACGCCUAGAAAGAAAUGUUGUAGCAAGCAGCGAGAGAGUGCUUGGCGAGACGCACCCCCAAACCCUCAUGUCCAUCAACAACCUAGCCUCGACAGUUCGCAACCAGGGUCAAUUCGAAGAAGCUAUGCGUUUGGGAGAGAAAGCAGCAACGGUGAUGAAAGAGGUCCUCGGCGAGCGCCAUCCACACACACUGGUAGCUAUGGCGGAUCUCGCUGUCACAUACCAAAUGAACCAGCAGUUGAAAGAAGCCGAGGUUUUGGCUACCCGGUCUCUGGCCUUAAUGGAAGAAACAUUAGGCAAGAACCACCCGCACACUCUCAGCGCAAUGGCCAAUCUGGGUUUUAUUUACCAGUCGCAGGGCAGGUGGGCUGCUGCGGGGGAAAUGGCGGAAAUUGUGUACACUCGCAAGGCAAGCGAAUUGGGGAAGGAGCACCCGGACACUCUUGCGGCACUUGAAGACUUGACGAGGGUGGCGCGGGUCGAGGCGGCGGAUCGUAAUGCGCAGCAUACGUCAAAUUAG